AUGAGUGAAGAUUCUAACAAAAGCCUGGAUAAAAACCAUGACAAGCUCAAUAAAAGAAGCAGUGCCAGCUCUCCUGAUUCAGCAGUGUCUUCUCUUUUAACAAGCUGUAGCACUGACAGCAAUAACCCCUACUCAAACAGUUUGAUUCACUACAAGGACAAGCUUUACAGCUCCGCCUCUGAGGCUUUGGAGGCUUAUAUUGAAGAUUUUGAUUUAAGUCUCACAUCUCCAGAAGUAAGCACUGGAAAAAUCUGCAUAUGUCAAAGCACUCCCAAACAAGUAAAGUUUUCAAAGCGUCAUGCCAAAAAAACCCACGCAUUGGAUGAUUUUAAUCAGCUGGUUGGAUUGGGUUCUCUUGCUUCACCCUCUAGAAGGCAGCCCGAGUGUGACCUGGACUCGGUCAGUCUGGUGACGGAUGACCUGUUAGCCUUCCCAGCAGAUGGAUCCUUUAGCCAGCCUAGUCCUUGCAAAUCCAGGCAUCAAAGUAGUGAGUGGAAAAGACAGACACUUCCAACAUCUUUCUGCCCUUGCCAAAGCUCCUCUCUCAAGACCCAAAGCAGUCUUGGUCCCCAGGAGAACAGGAAAGCUGUUGCUCACCAGAAUCCACACAACGACUUCAGCAAAAAGAAGUGCAGUGUGUGUACACCACACAGACACAGUCCUGCCUCCUCUAAGGGAAGCUGGAGACCCUUGUCUUUUGAGGAGAACUCUAACACUUUGCCUGUUAAGAAUUAUCCAAGGUGGCUCACCAGUCAGAAGUCUGAUUUAAGUGUCUCGGGGAUAAGUAGUAUUCCCAAUUAUCACUACCCAAUCUGGCUUAAGAGCCUUUUUUCUGAUCCAACUAAAGAGAGCGAUCAUCAACUUUUUAAUACACAAGGCAAAGCCUCCUCUUCUCAAACUUUUGAGAUCCUGAAAAAAAGACACUCUGUAGAUAAAGACAGUUGGAAUUUUUUUGAACAAAACGGUUGCCUGGACCUGAGAGGUGAUAACAAAGUAGAGGAAAGUUGCAACUGUGGUAGUGAUGCAUCCUUCCCAUUUGGCUACUCUGUUUCAAGACAUCCUAAAAACCCCUUCAGAGAAGACCCCCUCGAGCUGCUUACCUUGAAGGCUGACAGAGGUCUGGAGAGUUCAACAGAAGAUUUGUCCCAUACUCUGGAAAAUGAUGGCAGUCCUUCCACAACAGAUAUUCUAGGAGCAGAGAGGUCAUGGGAGAAUGCUCCAGGUGCUUUCAAAGCACCAGUGCCUGUGUGCUGUGAGGACAUGGAGAAUGCCCUACCAUUCCCCAAGGCAGACAUCAUCCAUAAAUUCUUGGAAGACUGCUUAAAUGACAAAAAUAAGGAAAAUGCCUUCUGUGGAGGUUAUCAUGCCAGACCCCUCGAAGCUUUGAAGCGGAUGUUGUUUGAACUUCAAGCAAUUCAGGGAAGUUCAAGCCAGAAUGAAACUGCUGAGGUAAAGGAAGAGGUGGAAAAACUUACUGAAAAAGCAGAGGUUGAAUUAAACCUGUGUGACAGUGAGAGAAACCCUCUGACUAAUUCUAUUCAGAAGGCUUUACAUCAUUUGUCAUGUCUCAAAAGACUUGUUGAAGAUAACAGCAACCGAGAAGAGCAGACCCAUGAUCAUGAAGAAGAUAAACAAGAAAAAAAGAUUCAUUUGGGAAGCUGAUAUCUAAGAAUAUUUUCAUGUUGUGUAACUUAUGUAAUUUGUCAGCCUGAACACUGCUCACAUUAUUUUUUUUUUUGAAAGCUGAACCAGUGCAUGUUCUUGUAAAUGUUGUCUUUGGUGUUUCUGUACAUAAUUGUUGUUUUCAUUAAUUAUUUCAAGGCUUAAUUGAGUGUUAGUGCUUCCAGGAGAAUCUAACUAUGUGACAAGAGAUACUGCUUUUUAAAGAAUAUUUAAUUAAAAUAAUGUGAACAUUUUUGUGGAA